UUUUUUUUUUUUUCUUAUAUACAUACAUACAUAUAGUUUAUCAUGUCCACUUUACCACUACCACCUAGAAUUCUUGGUCGAGUCAGGGCAAUAUACGCUUACCAGUCAGAAGAACAUUCCUCACUCAACUUUCAACAAGGCGACCUCAUUGAUGUUCUCGCCAAGCUUGAAUCAGGAUGGUGGGAUGGAUGGUGCAACGGAAGCCGAGGUUGGUUUCCUAGCAACUAUGUUGAAGAAUUUACAGAGCAUGGAAUAGCAGGAGCAGCACCCAACAAAACGUUACCAUUACCACCAUAUGAUGAAUCCCUUCAUAGCUCCAAUAGCUCCGAGGUGAGUCGAAAUAAUGCGAAUUUGCCCGACGGCUGGAUCAUCCAAAUGUCUGAAGACGGCAAGACAUGGAAUUACUUUAAUGAAUACACCGGUAAAACAAUGACACAACACCCCGAAAACGAUAUCAUCUCUACCAGUAAUCAUCGUGACAGUUACGCUUCCGACGAUGAUCCAUCCAAUAAUGAAGUCUUAAAAACCGGCAAAGAAUUGAUGGAGAAUUGGGUUGAACGAAAGACUCCCCAAGGCAGAUUGUAUUUUUGUAAUUUGGUUACGCAAGAAACUACUUGGGAUUACAAUGAAAUUGACAGUGAAACAGGUCGUUUGAAAAAAACCGAAGAGGAAAUUGAAUACCAAAGCGAAGAGGAGGAGCAUGAGGAUAGUCCCCGCGUCUCUAUUGUGGAAGAGACUGUGACAGAAGAAAUCACCUGGAAUAAAUUAGCAACAGGUGUGGCCUUUGCAAUUCAACAAUUAACCACCGUGUCGCAAAAGGGUCUCCAUGAUGAACUUCAACCGAAAACCGCUUCUAUUGUAGAAUCGGUACGUUUAAUGUUGUAUGCGUCUCGUUCAAUGGAAAAGGACUCUCAAUUGAUGCAAGACCCUGUUUUUCGUGAACCUCGUCGAUCUAUCAUGUCCUCUCUUUCUAAACUCGUCCUAUCUUCAAAAAUGGGCUCUGAAAUAUCAGAAUUCUCUACUUCCAUCUUGGCCAUCUUCCAAAAAAUUCAACGCGAUGCCAAUGAUGUGUUAGUCGCUGUGCGAAAUUUUGUCACCAUAUGUCAACGCUAUGAUAUCUCGGUCAAUUUUGUUAAUCCACGACUCCUGGAAGAUGUAUCUCAAUUACCCUUUGAACCUUCCGCCACCACUACUGCCCUUUCCAAAACAGGGUCUAUUGACUCAACUGAAAAGACGCAGGUUAACAAUUCAUUGACUCAAAAAGCAAAGUUUUUAUUAAAUCAAGAUCUUGUCUUGAAUCUACAAGCGUAUGCACACCAAAUCUUUGUCUCUACAGAAGAACUUUCGUUAAAGGUGUCAGAUAUCUUGACCAAAUUCCAUGAAAAGCAAAGUCUUUUCGAUGAUGAACGCACGGAUGCUGUCACCAUGUUUCGUACUCUGUCGAGUCAAAUCAGUCAAUACAUUGUCGUCCUAGAUGACAUCAAUUUAGACAACAUUGAUGUCCUUCAGUUACCAUCCAUUGCUCCUUACCGUUUAGGUCGUCAAACCUUGUACACAGCCAUCGGCCAUUUAUUUGGCGCCAUCCAAACCUUGACCAAUAUCAACAUUAGUAUCACUGAAGCUGUACAUACCAUCGAAGGUGCCAUUGGUGCCGUAGAAGAAUCUUUACAUGCAAUUGAGCAAUCCGUCAUUGCUAUGGUCAAUGAAAGAAGACGUAAUAUGGGUGCAAAUCGCGAUGAUUAUGUCACCAUGUCACCUACUGCUUCUACGGGACUACUGAGUCCUACUUCGUUACAGCGUGGUUCCGAUUCGAUACUGGAUCCAAGUGAGAAUUACUCUAUUUUUCCUAGUAGUAGCCAAGAAGAGAGUGAUAAUGAAUUGAAUGAAGAUGGGAUGAUUGGAAAAUCCGUGCGACGUAACACUGUAGCUACGAUCAGUUCUAAUGGUAGCAGCUAUAGUAAAGUUGAGAUGAUGAGUCGACGUCGUCAACAAAGUAUUCGAACUGAUGACCGUUCUCUGGAUUCUAAUGACACCUUGGGCAAUGAUCAUCAUCCCGAUGAUAUUGAAUUUGGUAUUGAUAACACUGUCAAGGGAGGAACGUUAUCUGCUCUUGUGGAACGAUUAACGGUACACGAUACCUUAGACACAAAUUUUAUUGCCACAUUCUUACUUACGUAUCGCUCAUUUUGUACUACGGAGGAGUUUGUGGGAUUAUUGGAAGAAAGAUACAGUCUUCUUCCGCCUGAAAGAUUAACCCCUGAACAAUUGGAGAUCUGGACAGAACGUAAACAAAAACUGAUUCGUUUAAGAGUUUUCAAUGUCAUGAAAAAUUGGCUAGAAAAUUAUUAUAUUGAUGAAGACGAAUUUUUGCUGGGACGAUUGGAAUAUUUCACUAAUACACAUAUUCGAGAUGCCUCAUCCUUUGCCGCCAACCAGUUGUUAAAAUUGGUCAAGAAACGAAUCGAAUUAAGCGCUCGAGGCGAAAUGAAGAAGAUUAUUCCAAACCCGAUUUCUGGCCCUGACCCUAUUUAUCCAAAGAACAUGUUCAACAUCCAAUUAUUGGACACAGAUCCCUUAGAAAUGGCACGACAAUUGAGUAUCAUGGAUUUUAAACUUUAUAGUAGCAUUCGUCCUAUUGAGUGUCUCGGUAAAGCCUGGUCAAGAGAUGGUGCUGAUGGCUCCGUGGCCGUCAAUAUUAAACAAUCCAUCAAAUAUUGUAACAGAUUAACUGCUUGGGUUACCCAAAGUAUAUUACUCCCAGAUGAAGUGAAAAAGCGCGCUAUUGUCGUCAAAUACUGGGCUCAAGUUGCAGACCACUGCCGCAGCAUGAACAAUUAUAAUACUUGCAUGGCUGUUUUAUCUGCAUUUGAUAACAGUUCUAUUGGACGAUUAAAACGAACAUGGAUGAUGAGUAACCGAAGCACGAUCCAAACGCUUGCACAAAUCCGUAAAUUGAUGGGAGCCAAUCGAAAUUUUACAGAAUAUCGACUGAUCGUACACUCUGUGAAUCCACCUUGUAUACCAUUUUUGGGUAUCUACCUGCAAGAUUUAACAUUUAUAGAAGAUGGUAACCCUGAUUUCUUACCCAAAUCCAAUAAUCUGAUUAAUUUCGCCAAACGACACAAGACAGCUGAAGUGAUUCGUGAACUCAAACAAUUUCAAAAUUUUGCAUAUAAUUUCCACCCCAUUAAUGAAUUCCAAUAUUUUAUCAAGGCGAAUUUGGAUCAGACGUAUGAUGUGGAUAAGUUAUAUGAAAGAAGUCUCAAGGUCGAGCCUAAAAACGACUUUCCUUCCAUCAAUUCAUUGAUCAUUAAUGGUCAUUAAAAAAAAAAUUAGUUUAUGAAAAACAUUUUCCCACAGCCUUUCCUUUAACUCACAACCCUUACUUUAACCAUAGCACAUGAGGGUAAUAUACCUUCAUAGAAUAAAACGAACAGAUAUGAAAUAAUUAACAGCUUUAGCUGUAUUGAA